AUGGCUGGCUGCCCUUCAAACCGUAACGAUUCAAGAACUUCAAAGUCUAGACCCACAACAAUCUUAACACGGGAGGUUGCUUGCUCCCAAAGCAUCGAGACCUGUAAAGUCGUUUAUCGAAAAGAGUGUUUGAUCGAAAGAGAAGUCCACACACACCCCAGCCCAACGGGAGGCGCGCGAGAACGGGCGGCGCCUCAACUCCUCGACGGCUCUCUCGGACACGGUCCACUGCUCAAGCAACCGCACCGGCCCUGCGCAAUAACGGCUACUGACGUACGCAAAAGCGCAGAGACCACGAGUGCUACUUGGGUUGAUCUGUUUGUCGAUCCUCUCGUGCGGCUUGCGCGAGUCGCAACGUGGAGUUACCUUUUAGAUAUCGCACGAAGCGAGAAAAGAGUUCAAGCCUUGGACUGGGGUGCAACGGCCUGUCAGCAACCUUCUUCGCUUGCUGCUGAAAGUCGAGCCGUGAAGGGGGCUCUACGCGAGAAGAUCGCUGAGAUGUCGCACACUUCUUCCAACGGAAGGGCCCGAUGGCUGAACACGGACGGCGGGAAGUCCCUUGUUUCGUGUUCACCACGGCUGGAUACGAAUAGUUCGCAAGAAGAUGACAGCGGACAUGGAACAAAGAAAGGCACGAGACAUGAUCAAAGCUCGAGUGCGGCUGCACGUAAUGACAACCCACCACUUCAAGAGUGA